UAUAUAUAGAGAGUCCAAAAUGAAGAGUUUUCUAGGCAAUGUGGUGGUAAUGGGGAGCCAGAAUCCUUAUAUUGCAAUGCUUUUCAUUCAGUUUGUGUAUGCAGGCAUGGCGUUGUUCUCCAAGGCAGCAAUUGCUAAAGGGAUGAACCCUUAUGUGUUUGUGGUUUAUAGGCAAGCUUUUGCCUCACUUGCCUUGGCUCCAUUCGCUUUCUUCCUUGAAAGCCAGGAUACUGCUCCCUUAUCAUACAAUUUACUCUGCAAAAUCUUCCUGAUUUCACUAUGUGGGAUCACCCUCAGUUUAAACCUCUACUACGUGGCUAUCAACUAUACAUCUGCAACAUUUGCUGCGGCCACCACUAACACAAUUCCUGCCAUUACUUUCAUAAUGGCUGCUUUGUUGAGAAUGGAAAGCGUUACCAUAAAACGUUUGCAUGGAAUGGCUAAGGUGUUGGGUUCUGUUCUAGGUGUUUCUGGGGCACUAGUGUUUGCUUUUGUCAAGGGGCCUCCUAUAAAGUUCUUGCACUGCCAUCCACCAACUGACAAAAGUCAAAAUUCAAACUCAUCAAUUCAGCAUUCCUCCAGAGGGAAUUGGAUAAAAGGCUCUCUUAUCAUGCUCUCAGCCAACACAGCUUGGUGUUUGUGGCUUAUUUUGCAGGGCCCCAUUAUUAAACAAUAUCAAGCAAAGCUACGGCUUACCACUCUACAGUGCUUCAUUAGCUGCGUUCAGUCAGCAUUUUUGGCCUUUGCGCUGGAGAGGGACCCAUCAGCAUGGAAGCUUGGAUGGGAUGUCCAUCUUCUUUCAGUGGCAUACUGUGGCAUAGUUGUUUCUGGAAUUACUUAUUGGAUGCAAGUUUGGGUUAUAGAGAAGAAAGGCCCUGUUUUCACAGCAAUGUUCACUCCAUUAGCACUUGUUAUAACAGCCGUCAUUUCUGCAUUCUUGUGGAAAGAGAGCCUUUAUUGGGGAAGUAUUGGUGGGGUUAUUUUGCUGGUGGGGGGGCUCUACAGCGUCUUGUGGGGGAAAAACAAAGAGGAUAGGGAAAGUGAAACAAACAAACAAAGACAAGAAACCAAAGAGGAUUUCACAUUGAAGUGCAUUACACAUCACUGAAUGAUGGGAUGGUGCCUCCAAUGGCUUUCAUUUAAAGGCACUCCCAGGCCAAGCCUUUAACUUUUUUUUUUCCCUUUUCCCUUUCUGUUUUGCUUCUUCUAAGUUUGUACAAAUUCUAAAUAAGGCUUCAAUGUAUCUAAGUUCUAUAAUA